AUGUUGUCUAGAAAGGCUAGUAAGGACUCUCAUGGCCAAGACUCUUCUUAUUUUCAAGGAUGGGAAGAGUAUGAGAAAAAUCCUUAUCAUCCCAUUCAAAAUCCAAUGGGAAUCAUUCAGAUGGGACUUGCAGAGAAUCAGCUUUCAUUUGACCUUCUUGAAUCUUGGCUCCGAAGAAAUUCUAAUACAAUGGCAUUGAAGAAAGAUGGAGUUUCUGCAUUUAAAGAUCUUGCUUUGUUUCAGGAUUACCAUGGUUUGCCCGCUUUCAAAGAAGCGUUAGUGAACUUUAUGACAAGCAUGAGAGAAAACAAAAUCAAAUAUAGUUCAGACAAGCUUGUUCUCACAGCUGGAGCAACCGCCGCAAAUGAAAUUCUCAUGUUUUGUCUGACUGACCCUGGCCAAGCCUUCAUCCUCCCCACACCCUAUUAUCCUGGGUUCGAUAGAGAUUUGAAAUGGCGAACCGGGGCUGAGAUUGUUCCAAUGCAUUGCUCAAGCUCAAAUGGUUUUAGAAUCACUCGUUGCGCCUUAGAACAAGCCUAUCAGUUAGGCCAAGAACUGAACCUCAAGAUCAAAGGAGUACUAGUGACUAACCCCUCAAAUCCACUAGGCACCACAAUGACCAAAACAGAACUGAACCACUUGCUCGAUUUCGCAAUCGACAAGAACAUUCACAUCGUAAGCGACGAAAUCUAUUCAGGCACCGUCUUCGACUGCUCCUCCACCACCAGUUUCACAAGCAUCAUGGAAGUGCUGAACGAGAGAAACAACAAUAAUUAUAAUAACAUUAGGAACCAUGUUCACAUGGUGUAUAGUCUCUCAAAAGACUUAGGUCUCCCUGGGUUUAGAGUAGGAAUGAUUUACUCAAACAAUGAAAAGGUUAUCGCCGCAGCCACAAAGAUGUCAAGCUUUGCACUUAUUUCAUCACAAACUCAAUUCAUGCUUUCAAACUUGCUAUCCGAUGCUAAGUUCAUUAAGAAAUACAUGGUGGAGAACCAGAGGAGGUUGAAGAGGCGCAAGGACAUGCUUGUGCGUGGAUUAAGGAAGGCAGGGAUAUCGUGUUUAAGGAGCAAUGCUGGAUUGUUCUGUUGGGUGGACAUGAGGCACUUGUUGAGUUCAGAUUCGUUUGAAGCGGAGAAGGAACUUUGGAAGAGGAUUGUGUGUGAGGUUGGUUUGAACAUAUCACCAGGGUCUUCUUGCCAUUGCUCUCAGCCAGGGUGGUUUAGAAUUUGUUUUGCUAACAUCUCCGAAGAUGCAUUGCACCUUGCCAUGCACAGGAUGAAGGUCUUCACAAGCUCAAUCUUCUCUGUUCGAUUUCCAAUCAUCAUGAUGAGAAAGAAAUCAUUUUAA